AUGGAUACCGCAGCUGCAGUUUCUCUGCCCUUCGAGGCCGUGGACGAUCUCAUUUAUGACGCUCGUGCAGGUGAUCUCGAAUCAUUGAAAGCAGACAUCACAAAAUUCAGCCAAGAAUAUAACUGCACUCCAGCGGAUAUAAUCAAAGCAGCUAUUGAUACAGAGGAAGAGAGUGAAGGAGGGACUGGCUCAUGCCUUUUACACUGGCCAGCGGCCAAUGGAAAUGCUGAAAUACUAAGUUAUCUGCUUAGCCUGCUCAAAUCCGAAAAUGGGACACAGGACCCUUCGAGCCUCCAGAUUAUAAAUCAUAAGAACCAUUCUGGGAAUACACCGUUGCAUUGGGCCGCUCUCAAUACCCAUUUAGAAUGCGUCAAGGCUCUUGUUGAAGCUGGAGCGGAUAUUAUUUUGAAGAACAACGCAGGCCAUGAUGCUGUUUUUGUUGCUGAGCAGUCCGAUUGGAAUGCUACUGCGACUACGCAAGAAGAAGGCAAAGAAGAGGAUGUUGCGGAGGGUGAAGCGAAUGUGGAAGAAGCUGAGUCUUCUACGCCACGGGAGACUACCAAGGGCCAGCAGGUGGUGGAGUGGUUGUUGACCUGUGAAAAAGGGUCGGAUAUGGAGAAGAGUGCGGUUGAUGAUGCUGAUGUUCCAAUGGCUGAAGACGAUGCUGGUUCAAGCAAGCAGUGA